AUGACUGCUAGAAAAUUUACUUUAUCUAUAUGUAGUUCGCGAUUAUAUUCUUCUAGUAAAGAAGGAGCGGGAUCUACAGGUUCCGUUGAUUCCAAAGAAGAGACAAAUAAACAACGUGAUAACGUCUCUGAUGCAUCGGAUAGUCGUGAAGGCGAUGCCAACAUUAACAAUCCAACAACAAACAACACUGAAGGACCUUCUGAAGUCUCACCCACAGAAAGAGCUGUAGAUAAGUUUUUCAAAGUUGUGGAAAAAGUCAAACAGUUUGAAAGUAGAGCAGAUACAUUUUCGAAUAAAUCUGACGCUACAGCUGAAAAGACAGGAGAAGGAAUAAAGCAGAAAGAUGCAGUCACUGGCACUGAAAAUGAGUCGUUCGCUACAAUGUUGAGGAAAUCGAAGUUCGUGUCUUUAGGAGAAUUCAGCGGAAGAUUAGUUGAAGGAACAAUUUUUGAAGUCAUGGAGGAUGAUUUGUACAUUGACUUUGGUGGAAAAUUUCACUGUGUCUGUCCGCGCCCAAAAAGGAAUCCAGACCAUUACCACAGAGGUAGGAAAGUGCUGGUCUCACUUCAGGCAAUGGAAAUGAGCUCUUCCUUUCUUGGCUCUGAUAAACACGUGACACUAUUGGAGGCAGAUGGCACCUUGAUCGGCAUGGCACCUUCGUAUGGGUCUGAGAGGACAAGUACAGCGAGACAAGAGUGA